AUGCAGAUGCUACUCAAGUUUGUUCUUGUUUCCCUGGUGAUCUACACUCUAUUGGAUGUUGGUGCUGAUGCUGCCAGGAAACACAAGAGAUUCAAAAGAAAGAGGCAGCAACUACAACCACAGCUGCAUAAUGAGUUUUAUUCUAUUUUCCAGAUUGUUGGUUGUGAUGGAGUGCUGGGGUCAGGUCUGUCGGAGGACAAGUGUGGCGUAUGCGGUGGGUCAAACACGGAAUGUCAGAUCUUCUCUGGUGUACUGGACACCCCCAAGAUGACCAUUGGCUACCACACGGUCAUCACGAUUCCAGCCGGGUCGAUGUAUGUCAACAUCACUGAGAUGACCAGGAGUAGAAACUAUCUAGGUCUCCAGAUCACAGGAGGAGUCUCCGUCUUCAAUGGAGACUGGAGCAUCGACUACCCAGGAAACUACUCUGCUGCUGGCACCAAUGUGAUGUACACCAGGUCUGCAAGGAGUAUGAGUAGCAAUGGAGAACAGAUUCUCAUCAUGGGUCCAACCGCUGUCGAUCUAGAUGUAAAGAUGAUUUACCAGGAAAGGAAUCCUGGAAUCUCCUACGAGUAUGUCGUUCCGAAUCCUCCAGGGCAGAAGGAAGAGCGUCCCCCACCAGGACGGCAGGAGGAAGGUGGGAGGCAGACAUCACAGCAGAACCCAAGGGGGCAACCCAAAGCAACUCAACCUCCACCAACAACUACUAGACGUACAAAUCCUCCAACCACAAUGCCUCCAACCACAACUGCAAGGACUACAACUCGCCGUACAGUAAGGCCAACAACUGUUCCCACAACACCACCGCCACCUCCACCACCGGCAAACACAAAUGCUCCCUUCCAAGAGGAGCAACCUAAGCAUAAGGGGGAAAAGGAUAUGAGCAUAUCGAGUGGUGUAAUGCCGGGGCAUGGCAUGGGUAACAAGGAAAAACCCGAAGGAUAUGCAGGAGUUAUGGAUACCAUAUCAGAAUCAGAUCAAGUGCAUGAAGAGAGCCAGGCUCUAGAGGCAGGUCCAGAUGGUAGAUACUACAACAGACCAGAAGGGUCUUUGGUGUCUGGAGGAAGUGGAGUCUCAGGGUCAGGACCCAGAAACAAUCCUGCAAUUCCAGAAGGUCAAAGACCUCCUGUAGAGACCGUUCCUGGGGGCGGUAGAGCUUCUAAUCCUGGUAGAUCAAAUACAGGCCGUGGACGUGAUACUAGUUAUGUCCCAAGUCAGACCUCUGGCAGCGUAACACAAACACAGACUGAGAUCCUGCGUGGCAGAGAGAGAGGGCCAGGGGAAACUCCAAGACAACAAGGUCAAGGAGAUGCAACAGGAAAUGUGCCAGGAGUUUAUGUUUCAAAUCCUCAACUAGGACGUGGACCAUCUUCUGGAAACACAGACAGACAAACACCUGGAACAAGUUUAGAUAGUCAAAGAGGAACCAGUCCAUCACGCCCUUUUUAUGGAUAUUACCCCACUGGAUACAACCCCCCUGAAACCAGGUUACCUGAGACUGAUGCCAUUCCUCCUGUAUCAAGUAAUUCUCAGGUAGCGUCUCAGUCAUCUUUCAAUCGACCCACAGGUAUUAAUCCUCCUUCAAAUCCACCGGUUUCCUCAGCCAACAGCAGGCCGUUCAACUAUAGCCCAAAUCUACCAAGUGGUAGAGGAACACCUGUCAACAACAGUUCAAGGGGAUCAUCAUAUCAGAACAUAGAAACAACUGCUCAGUCUGGAGUAACCAGUGGUAGGUUCACUCCUGGAACAAAUAACAAUCCUCAGUCCAGGCUUCCUCCUACAGGGAGCAGGAAUCCAGGAGUAGGUGGGGAGAGUAACAGAAACCCUAACCAAGGUGGUGAACCAACUGGUGAUAUAGUAUACAAUCCUAACUACAGACCACCUACUAAUCAGGGCUUGCCUCCUUAUGGCAGCCAGGGUGUGCCAGGUCGAGGAGUAUCAUCAAACCCUACAGGACAAGGAAAUCCUAUAAAUGGCCAGGGUACACCUUCUCAAACAGGAUAUGGGCGUCCAGCAGUUGGGCAGCCGCAGGAGCGACCUACUUUCGGACAGGGGCGACCAAAUAUUGGACAAGGGUUCCCAAGUCAAGGCCAGGGGGUACCAACCCAAACCAGACCAGACCGUUAUCCAUUCCGACCAAACCCGGAUGCCAUUCCAAACCUUCCUCCACAGACUUCCUCCAACCUUCCUCAAACCAGCGGACAGAUUGGCGUCUAUCCCAACCCUGGUCAGCAACCACCAUCCAGACCCGUCUUUGGACAGGAGAAUCCCGAGACCAACUACAGCCCAUUCAACAGUGGAGUUCCUAGACCUGUUGUUCCCAUCGGCGGUGAGGAAGUCGAUACUUACGCCAGCGAAGACUACAGCUCCAGCAUCCCAGAGGAGGGGCAAGGCAAUGAAGCCACUUUUGGUAGGAAUCCUGGAGAGCCUGACCCUGCGGUGAAUCCGGAAGCCCUGUACAUCUGGAUGGAGACAGGAGUUACUGAGUGCUCUGUAUCAUGUGCUGGAGGUAAGCCCCAAUGACUCUCCAUUUCAAUC